CAGUGGUGAACGAAUCGUGUGUGUUCAAGUGUGUGUAAACGAAUAUACGAAUUACCUUAUAUGGACGUUGAAUAAAAAUAAAAAGUUGCUGCCAAAAGUACUUCGGAAAAAAUGAUGUCUGAAGAAAUCCUGCCAGCGAUAACAGCAGUAGCAGUAAGUUUGCCGGUGUUCAUCUACUGGCUGUACUGGCGAUGGACCCACAGGCGAAUGCUGGAAUUGGCCAAGUUGGUGCCAGGACCUCCAGCUUUCCCUAUAAUCGGCAAUGCUCUGAUUUUCAUGACACGGCCUGAAGAACAACUGAAGAAGAUCGCUGCUCUUUUGGACUUGUACGGGCAGUACACAAGGGUAUGGCUGGGGCCAGAUCUCAAUAUCGUGGUGAAGAAUCCUGCUGAUGUCAGAUUGCUGCUCACAAGUAAUAAAGUGAACCACAAAGGUCCCCUUUACAACUUUAUGAAGCCUUUCAUUGGUGAAGGGAUCCUAACAGGAGGUGCCACCUGGCGAAAUCACAGGAAGAUUGCGAAUCCGUCAUACAACAAAAAAGCAGUCCAACAUUUCACGGCGGUUUUCAACCGGGAAGCGACAGACUUAGUCAAGGUUUUACUGAGCAAAGAUCCAAGUGUCACGUUUGACUUGUAUUUCGAUAUGGUGAAAUGUACAACGCAAUGUGUCUGUCAGACAUUGAUGGGAUUAUCGAAAGAAGAUUCACAAAACGUUUUUCUGAUGGAUGAUGUUGUUCGUGAUACUCAAGGAAUCUACGACGUGCUCUUCAAAAAGAUGACUCGUUGGUGGUUGCAAAUACCACUUAUAAACUGGUUGACAGGCACGCGGAAAAGAGAAAUGGAUAUUAUAAAGAUGUUAGACGGAUUUACGUCAGAUAUCCUGGAGAAAAGACGCAGGGCUCUGAAAGUCGAGGAUGUAGAUGAAGAUGUCAUGGGUAUUGUAGAUAGGUACAUCCUCAGUGGAGAGUUGACGGAUCAGGAGAUUAAAUGGGAGACCUUCACAUUGUUUACUACUAGUCAAGAAGCGUCUGCCAAAAUAGCGAGCGGAGUUUUACUAUUUUUGGCUCACCUCCCUGAAUGGCAGGAUAAAGUCUACAACGAAAUAGUAGAACUGUUAGGACCUGACGACGAGCCGGUUACCGAGAAGCAGGUGAAGGAGCUGCAAUACCUAGACAUGGUGUUCAAAGAGACCCUGAGGUUCUUCUCCAUCGCAGCCAUGACACAGAGGACAGUGGAGGAGGAAAUUGCAGUGAAUGACGGGAAAAUAACGUUACCAGCGGGAACAUCCCUGGUUAUCCCCAUCCAUGAGAUCCACCGGGACCCUCAGUAUUGGGACGAACCACUGAAGGUGAAGCCAGAGCGGUUCCUACCAGAAAACAUCAAGAGAAGGGACCCAAAUGCCUUUGUGCCGUUUAGCUUGGGUGCUAUGGACUGUUUGGGUCGGGUGUACGCCACAGCUCUGAUCAAAAUCCUCGUGGUCCGCAUUCUGAGGCAGGUGAAGCUGGAAGGUUCUGGAAGCCUGGACGAUCUGGAACUCCAUGUGGCUAUAUCUGUGAAGCCUGCGAAGGGCUACCGCAUGAAGACCCGCUCUAGGAGACUUAGCAAUGGCGUGCAUAGGAGCUUGUAGAUAUUAACUGGCAUAUUAAGAUGAGUGUACAUUGAGUAAGCCCUAAAUUAAGUUUUAUUGUAUUAAAUUGUUAUUUUUUCAUAACCAAUGUCAAAUGUACCUACCUAUAUUUUUUAUGUCCUUUUCAAUAACACUGGAAGGUUGUUUAAAUGCAAUGUAUUAGGUCAUUUGUAUCAAGUUUACAGAUACAUUUUAUAUUAUACUAAGAACUUAUUACUGAAAUUUUGUGAUAAAUUAUAGGCUAUUUUCAUGUAAGUAGGUAUUAAAACGAGU